UCUCGCUGACUCACUGUAAUCAUUUUUGAAAAUCAACAAAAAAAAAAUGGUGGUGAAAGUGUACGGUCCAGCUUAUGCUUCACCGAAGAGGGUUCUUGUUUGUCUGAUUGAAAAAGAAAUUGAAUUUGAGACUGUGCCAGUUGAUCUCAUCAAAGGAGAGAAUAAAGAUCCUGAUUUUCUCAAGUUGCAGCCUUUUGGAGCAGUUCCUGUAGUUCAAGAUGGAGAUUACACUUUAUUUGAGUCUCGAGCCAUCAUAAGGUAUUACGCAGAGAAAUACAAGUCUCAAGGAACUGAUUUGCUGGGGAAGACAAUAGAAGAAAGGGGGCUAGUAGAACAAUGGCUAGAAGUAGAGGCACAGAGCUACCACCCACAUAUCUACAACAUGGUAAUUCACGUAUUAUUCGCAUCAGCUUUAGGGUUUCCUCCGGAUGAGAAGCUUAUCAAAGAGAGUGAAGAGAAACUCGCACUGGUGUUGGACAUUUACGAGGAGACGCUGUCGAAGAGCAAGUACUUAGCUGGUGAUUUCUUUAGCCUUGCUGAUCUCAGUCACUUGCCAUUUACUCAGUACCUAGUGGGUGCAAUGAAGAGGGACUAUAUGAUAAAGAGCAGAAAACAUGUUAGUGCUUGGUGGGAUGAUAUUAGUAACAGGCCAUCUUGGAAGAAGGUUCUCCAGCAGCACAAGUAUCUUUUUGAAUAGCAGCUUGUUAUAUAUUUAUUAUACAGUGUGUAAGUUUUUGUGAUUUGAAAUAAUUCACUGUCAUCAGUGUGUUUAAUCUAGUGCUUUGUCUUCCAUGUUUGUUUAAUGUUCAAACCCUUGAGGUUUUUCAUGUCUGACUUUGGAUGUGUAUGAAUGAAAGCCUUGAAAUAAAUCUCAAUUUUACCUAAA